UCCCAUUAUUCUCAUUUCUCAUCAACUAUAACACAUUACAUUACCUUAGAACUUAUUUUAGAGGGAGCUUAGGUUAAAUUAAUUAAAAUUGUAUUUAAUUAACCUUAAAAAAAUGGCAUUGCCUUUCACCUUAAAGUUGAUAGUUAUACCUUUUCUUAUUUUAAUUAAUGUAUUAUGCUUAUCGAAAGGUGUUAGUAGUUCAUCAAAAAUUGUUGAACACCAAAGAAAAUCGGUACAAUCCAAUAUCCCAACAUGGGAUACAAAUUAUUUGGAGUUCCCAUUGAAUUUGGAAUACUUAGAAGUUGAGUUUUUCUUAUGGGGUUCUAUUGGAAGGGGAUUAGACACAAUUGCCCCUGAACUUGCGGAGGGAGGUCCUCCUCCAAUUGGAGUUAGAAAAGCCUUUCUUGACCCUUUCACUAAUGAUGUUAUCGCCCAAUUUGCCCUCCAAGAAGUUGGUCAUUUAAGAGCAAUCAAGGAAGUGGUGAAGGGAUUUCCAAGACCAACAUUGAAUCUAAGUAGUGCACAAUUUAGUGAAGUGGUGAACUCAGCAUUUGAACACCCACUCUUUCCACCAUUUGACCCUUAUAGAAAUUCAAUAAAUUACCUUCUUGCCUCUUAUUUGAUUCCCUACGUUGGUCUUACUGGUUACGUGGGCACUAUUCCCAAGCUUCUUUCCGUUGAAUCCAGAAAACUAGUAGCAGGAUUGCUAGCAGUGAAAUCAGGCCAAGACGCAGUGAUCCGAUCAUUGCUCUACCAACGACGAUUACAAAGGGUGGUACCUUACAAAAUAACUGUGCAAGAGUUCACGAACCGACUUUCAAAACUAAGGAACAAGCUAGGGAGUGACCUAGGCUCAAGGGAUGAAGGCAUAUUCGUGGACCAGAAAGACGGUGCAGAAGGCAAGAUUAAGGGAAAUAUACUUGUAGGGGAUGAGAACUCUUUGGGGUACCCUAGAAGUCCAAUAGAAGUAUUAAACAUUGUGUAUGGAAGUGGUGAUCCGAAGAAAGUUGGUGGGUUUUUUCCUAAAGGUGCUGAUGGUUACAUUGCACAAUCCUAUCUUUAACCUAAGAAUGCUACUUCGAAUGAUGAUAGAUUAAAUUGAUUGAUUUUAGAAAAAAUUGGCCGCAACAACACCAAUUCAACUAUGAUAAAGGUGCGUGCAGCAGCACAACUUUUUAAGGGUGCGGCAUACAUCACAAACUAUGUAAUUGGGUGCACAUAUUAGCAAAAAUGACUCUAAUAAACUAAGGUUCCAUGGAAAAAAGUGGAAUAUUAAUUAUUUAUAUGAUUGUUAAAACAUUAUUUAAACU